AAGACAAAGUCUGAGAACAAUGUUGAACACCUCUGGACCGUCCUCAGCUCCUUACUUCUGCCAGAAGAAGGCAACAGAAAAUUACUUCCGUGUUUGUCAGCUGAUUAUGACAAUAUGCAGCGACUUAUUCAGGGACAUUCUAAGUCGCCACAUCAAACCUUCUGACCUUAGGUUAGAGUUGGACAACAAUAGAGGGAAACUGGAGAGAAUAAUGAAUACUCAGCAGAAAGAACAGAUCUAUCCAGCGUCCGGUUGCACCGCUUUGUCUGCCAAAGACCUGGACAUCUCAGUAUUAUAUAUUAUUUUAAGGAAUAUUUGUAACAUACCAAAGCAUAAAGCUGGAUGGGGAAAUACUCCCCUAACUGGCGAUAUGAGAUUAUCAGCCUGCAUAGAAAGGAUUCGUAUCGAGAGAAAUUUAGUAUCUGGUCAUUCUAUAAUUGGUGCUAUGAAUGACACAGAGUUUAAAAAACACUGGGAAGAACUCAAAGACGCCAUCAUACACAUUGAAAAACAGAUGAUUGGUGGGGACAUGUAUGAAAGGGGCGUAAACGACUUAUUUUCAUGUGAUCUUAAUCCCACCAGAUCAAAAUGGUAUGCCGCGGAAUUCAGGAAAAUACAAGAAAACAUGCAUACAAAACAAGGUAUGUCUAAUUACUUGUUUAUACACACAUAAAUAUGAAGAUAA